UCUGUCAAAAUCCUUGUGUGAGCGAAGAUAGUACGUAUUUUUCAGCGAGUUACAAAGUAAUUUACUUCGCAAAUUUAAAUGUGCACGAAUAGAUUUGUUUUUGGAUAAAGUUAUUGUCGAAACAAUGAGCGAAAACUCUCUGUCAGGGGCACAGCCCCUGGUCAAAAUUGGCCACUACAUUUUGGGGCAAACUCUGGGAGUUGGUACCUUUGGAAAAGUGAAAAUAGGUGAGCAUCAACUCACGAAGCACAAGGUGGCCGUGAAAAUCCUUAACCGUCAAAAAAUCAAGAGCCUAGAUGUGGUUGGCAAGAUUCGUAGAGAAAUACAAAACCUGAAACUGUUCAGACACCCCCAUAUUAUUAAAUUGUACCAAGUUAUCAGUACCCCUACAGACAUAUUUAUGAUCAUGGAGUACGUUUCUGGCGGGGAAUUAUUUGAUUAUAUUGUUAACCAUGGUAAAUUACAAGAGCAUGAAGCUCGCAGAUUUUUUCAGCAAAUAAUAUCAGGGGUUGAUUACUGUCACAGGCAUAUGAUUGUACACAGAGAUUUAAAACCUGAAAAUUUGUUAUUGGAUCAUAAUAUGCACGUUAAAAUUGCCGAUUUUGGACUUUCCAAUAUGAUGAUGGAUGGGGAAUUUUUAAGAACCAGUUGUGGAUCCCCUAACUAUGCAGCACCUGAGGUAAUCUCUGGAAAACUGUACGCAGGUCCUGAAGUGGAUAUUUGGUCUUGCGGAGUGAUUCUCUACGCUCUAUUAUGCGGUACUCUUCCUUUCGAUGACGAGCACGUUCCUACUUUAUUCAGAAAAAUUAAAUCCGGUAUUUUCCCUAUUCCGGAAUACUUGAAUAAGUCGGUUAUCAGUUUGUUAUGCCAGAUGUUACAUAUCGAUCCCAUGAAACGGGCUUCGAUCGACGACAUCAAAAAGCACGAGUGGUUCCAGAAAGAUUGCCCCGCUUACUUGUUUCCCUCUCCCGUGGAGCAGGAUUCCUCCGUUAUCGAUACCGGGGCCGUUUUGGAGGUUUGCGAGAAAUUCGGCGUUCAGGAAUCGGAAGUGCACGCUGCUCUUUUGAGCGGAGACCCCCACGAUCAACUCGCAAUCGCCUAUCAUCUCAUCAUCGACAACAAGCGCAUAGCUGAUGAGGCGGCAAAGGCGGAAAUUAAAGAUUUCUAUGUGGCGGGAAGCCCGCCCCCAGUCAACAUGAGCCCCAGUCCUAGUCCUUGCGACCUUGGAGGCAGCAGCCCGAUGAAGCCGCACCCCGAGAGGAUUGCCCCCUUAAGAGAUAGAGUUAUUGCUUCCAAUCAUGCUGCUUCAGGAGAAAGAGGAAGAGUUAAGAGAGCCAAGUGGCAUUUAGGCAUCAGAUCCCAAAGCAAACCAAAUGACAUAAUGAUGGAAGUUUACAGAGCUAUGAAAGCUUUAGACUUUGAAUGGAAGGUUAUUAAUCCGUUCCAUGUGAGAGUAAGGCAUAAAAAUAGCCUACACGAAAAGUAUGUGAUGAUGUCCCUACAAUUAUACCAGGUCGAUUAUAAGAGCUAUUUAUUGGACUUCAAAAGCCUAAGUAAUGAGGAUAUAGAGUCCAGUAAUGCCAACAUAAUUCUGGGUGCAAUUCCCACCCCAGUUUUAACUGGUAGCACCAUAAAUGUUACCACAAAAGCAUGUGGGCAUCAUACCAUGGAGUUCUUUGAAAUGUGCGCUGCUUUAAUUAUACAACUUGCAAGAUAAACUUUUUAAACAUAUAUAAAUAUUUUAUUGUAGAGGCUUCAUUGUUAUAAUUCCUUUAUUUUUGUUUUAUUUUUUAUUAUAUAUUUUUUAAAGUGA